AUGCAAGACGCCUCCCGAGUCUUUUUUCUGCAUGAUUUUCUGACACCAGAGACACCACCCGUUGAGUGUCGCCGGCGACAUGUAUCAUUUCUUCGAGCUGAUGAUUUUAGGAGACGCAAGACACCUCCCAACUCUUUUUUCGUACCUCUUCCACCUUCUCCAGUUGAUGAUUCUCUGAGUCUCAAGACACCUCCCGAGUGUCUUCUGGUACCUCUUCCACCUUCUGCAGUGGAUGAUUUUGUGACACCAGAGACACCUCCCAUCGAGUGUCGCCAGGGACCUUUACCAUCUUCUAGAGUUGAUGAUUUUAGUAGACAGAAGACACCUCCCAACUCUUUUUUCGUACCUCUUCCACCUUCUCCAGGUGAUGAUUCUCUGAGCCUCAAGACACAUCCCGGGUGUCUUCUGGUACCUCUUCCACCUUCUCCAGUUGAUGAUUUUCUGACACCACAGAAACUGCCCGAGUGUCGCCGGGGACCUAUAUCAUUUCAUAGAGCAGAUGAUUUCAGGAGAUGCAAGACGUCUCCCGAGUCUUUUUUUGUACCUCUUCCACCAUCUCCAGUUGAUGAUUCUCUGAGCCUCAAGACACUUCACGGGUGUCUUCUGGUACCUCUUCCACCUUCUCCACUGCAUGAUUUUCUGACACCACAGAAACCGCCCACACUUCCCGAGUGUCUUCUGGUACCUCUUCCACCUUCUGCAGUGCAUGAUUUUCUGACACCAGAGACACCUCCCAUCGAGUGGUGCCUUCAUGAUUCUCUGAGUCUCAAGACACCUCCCGAGUGUCUUCUGGUACCUCUUCCACCUUCUGCAGUGGAUGAUUUUGUGACACCAGAGACACCUCCCAUCGAGUGUCGCCAGGGACCUUUACCAUCUUCUAGAGUUGAUGAUUUUAGUAGACAGAAGACACCUCCCAACUCUUUUUUCGUACCUCUUCCACCUUCUCCAGUUGAUGAUUCUCUGAGCCUCAAGAUACCUCCCGGGUGUCUUCUGGUACCUCUUCCACCUUCUGCAGUUGAUGAUUUUCUGACACCACAGAAACUGCCCGCCGAGUGUCGCCGGGGACCUCCAUGA